UAUGCUCUUGCACGGAGUUGACACAAGACCGCUGCAAUCUUGCCGGCGCGUGUGUAGAAAAACACACGGAUUCCAAAGAUGGACUCAGAUUAUGAGACGUUCUCUUUCCUUUUUCGCGUAAUUUGGUGCCUCAAACUCGCGGCAAUAAGACGAGAACUCGGACCCGCCCAGUGACGGAGCGCUUACGUGCCCCUCUUUAAUGUGAUCUUUGCUCCUUUUCUUGCGGUCCGAGCACCGGCUUUAUUUUUUAUUAUUAUUAAUUUUAAAAUCUCCUUGCGGGUAAAUAUUUCAUUCCAUUCCAAUGUCGUGCUGGAAAAAAAGGCCGACAAGGAGUCCGUCGGAGGAACUAGCUCACCAGGAGCACGUGAGGAAAGUGGCCCAAGAAAACGGGAAACGUAUCGGUUUGGACGGCGACCCGGAUCUGCAGUUCCUGCUGACCGGCGGCACGCUGACCAAGGUUCGGUCCCGGUCCUGGCAGAAGACUCGCUUCUACCGGCUGCAAGAGGACUGCAAGACCGUGUGGCAUGAGUCCAACAAGAUUUUCAAGCGCAAGCAGACAUUCUCCGUCGACGACAUCGACUCGGUGCGUAACGGCCGCCAGUCUGAGGGCUUCAACAAACACACGGAACCGAGUGAAGAAGAGCGCUGCUUCUCCAUCGUCUUCAAGGGCCGCAAGAAGGUCUUGGACCUGAUGGCUGGCAAUCAGGAGGAGGCCAAUCAGUGGGUCAAAAGCUUUGAGAAAGUCAUGAGCAACAUGCGCAACCUCAGCCGGCAACAGAAGAGCGAGCACUGGAUCAUCGACUGCAUGCGCAAAGCGGACAAGAACAACGACAAUAAAAUGAACCUGAAGGAGUUGAAGCGCUUCCUGCGACACAUCAACAUCGAGGUGGACGAAACGUACGCCGAAGAACUUUUUAAGAAAUGUGACCAGUCCAACUCGGGCUACCUGGAAGACUUGGAGAUCAAGAAGUUUUACGAGCUUCUGACCCACCGAGAGGAGAUAGAUGUAAUCUACGGGAACUACGCUCAAACGGAUGGUCAGCUGAGCGUUCCGGAUCUGCUCAACUUCCUGCUGAAUGAGCAGAGAGAGGACGCGACCAUAUCGGACGCUCUGAGACUGAUCGAAAAAUACGAGAUGGAUGAAACGGUCAAACAGAAUAACAACAUGACCAAAGACGGCUUCCAGAUGUACCUUCAGCACGAAGACUGCAACAUCUUCAACCCUGCCUACAAGAACCUUUGCCAGGACAUGACGCAGCCUCUCAGCCAUUACUACAUUUCCUCUUCGCAUAACACAUACCUGACCAAAGACCAGCUCAAAGGACCCAGCAGCACCGAGGCCUACAUCAGAGCUCUGAUGAAGAGUUGCCGCUGCGUGGAGCUGGACUGUUGGGACGGCGCCAAUGGAGAGCCCGUUAUCUACCACGGCUACACACUCACCUCCAAAAUCCUCUUCAAGGACGUCAUCAAGGCCAUUAAAGACUACGCCUUUCAGACAUCGGACUACCCGGUCAUCCUGUCUUUGGAGAACCACUGCGGCGUGGACCAGCAGAAGCUCAUGGCCCACUACAUAAUCUCAAUCCUGGGGGACGCUUUGGUCACGAAGCCCCUUGGGAACGUUGUACCCACCACCUUUCCCUCACCAGAGGAGCUGAAAGGCAAGUUUCUGGUCAAGGGAAAGCGCCUGAACAAACUGGACGCCGCAUUUAACAACAACAACAACACAAUCUCAGAGGGCACGGUGUCCGAGGAGGACGAGGCAGCGGAGCAAGAAAAUGGACAAAAACCUCCCCAAAAGAAAUCAAAGCUCACACUGGCCAGGGAGCUGUCAGACGUGGUUGUCUACUGCAAGAGUGUCCACUUCAAUGGUUUUGAACACGCCAGGGACAAGCUGGACUUCUACGAGAUGUCCUCCUUUAAGGAGAGCAAAGCCUUCAACCUGGCUGAGAACUCAGCCACUGCCUUCAUCCACCACAACAUAGACAAGCUGAGCCGGAUCUACCCUGCUGGCUCCAGAACCGACUCCUCCAACUACAACCCGGUACCUAUGUGGAACGCUGGUUGCCAAAUAGUGGCCCUCAACUUCCAGACCCCCAACAAAGAGAUGCACAUCAACCAGGGACGCUUCCUACCCAACGGUAUGUGCGGCUACAUCCUCAAGCCGGAAUUCCAAAGAGACGCCAGGUCUCAGUUCGACCCCAACGUCCUUUCUGCGGGAUCCUGGCUCAAGAAGAAGAAUCUCCAUGUCAUGGUGAUCUCGGCCCAACAGUUGCCCAAACUCAACGUUGAUAAACAGAAAUCCAUCGUGGACCCCCUGGUGAGGGUGGAGGUGCACGGCGUGCGGGCAGACAAUGCCAGCAAGGAGACGCACUACAUCGAAAACAAUGGGUUCAACCCCAUGUGGAAUGAACGGUUCCAAUUCGACAUCUCCGUCCCCGAGCUGGCCAUUUUGCGAUUGGUGGUGGAGGACUACGACGCCACGUCGGCCAACGAUCUCAUUGGCCAGUACUGCCUGCCGCUCACCUGCGUACAGAACGGUUAUCGCCACGUUCCGCUCCUGAACAAGAACGGCGAUGUGGUCUCGUCCGCCGGCCUCUUCUUGCACAUCAUGCUCCUGGACACUCAAUAGUGCGGAAGAAACUACAUUUUCCACUCAUAUCAGUUAUUGUAUUAUUAUUAUAUUUUUUUUAACCCAACAACAUUUGCAUAAUAACACAGCCGAGAUGAACGAAUAAAGAAAGUAUUCAAAUAUAUUUGUCCCACUGGGGGCAAUAACCUCAGGUUGGAACGGUGAAUAUUGAAUAGGAUAGAAUUUAAUUUAUAUGGAUGGACUUUUCUGACGGGCUUUUUUAUGACGUUACUUAUAUUUUUGUCGAAACAUAUGAUCUGAUUGUCCUUUACUAGACUAUAUCAGCAAAUCUAAUGUGACUUUUUUUUGUCAUCCUAACACACAAAGCCUCAUUUUUGGGGGUUGUUAUGUCAAGUAAUCAACUCUGUAUUAACACCUGAAUUACUAUUAUGGAGUUUUUUUUUCCCCAUUGAGGCAAAUUCUCCUAUUGAUAAUCCAAACAAUUGCAUGUCUCUCUGUCCUUUUACACUACUUCUCAAAUAAAACCAUGAGCUUCA